AUGAAGUUUGCAACUCUUCUUAUCGCUGCCAUCGCCCUCUUUGGUGCCGAUGCUUUUACUCCUCAAAGCCAAAAGACCAAUCCGGCAGUCGAACUCAAGAAGGCUGCCGCUAGUACCUUCGCUGCUUUGGCCAUUGGAUCCAGCGUCUUGGGCUCCCCUUUCGUUGCUGAUGCUGUAGAGCCUUUCGCCUUCUCUUCCACCAAUGUUGUAGCCGAGAAGGUUGUUCGUCAAGGUCUCUACCAAGACUACGAAGUCGAUGUUGUGCAAUCCGUUGAUGAUGCAUCAUCCACUUUCAAGAGCGCCAAGGAGACAAAGACAAAGAAGGGAAAGUACACUGCCAUUCUUGCCAUCUUGGUUGUUGGCUCCUUCAUCGUUCCUAUGGCCCAAUAUUUCUGGUAUGUCCGCGAUGAUGACUCUUCCGAAAAGUUCUUUGCUGAAGAUGUUCCAGAGCCACCAAAGAAGAAGAAAUGGUUCUAA